AUGAGCAAAUUCACCCGCGCUUUAAAAUUGGGGCAGCAAGCGGCCGAACUUGGCAGCACUGUUCAAGGCGUUCGAGGCGCAAACAAGAAACAAAUAGCCCGCAACGUAGGUCACCUCGCCUACGGCCAAGGCGCCUCGCACGGCAAGGAACUGGGCAAGACAUGGCUCAAGAGCUUCGAGGUUAUCCCCCGCCUCGUCCUCCGAGGAGCACAGCUGCUCCUCGCCCUCAUCAUCUGUGGCUUCUACGGCAACCGCAUCAGCAGCGAAAGCAAGGGCGGCCAGGGCAUCGGCGCCGUCUGGAUCUACGGCGUCGGUCUUGCCGGCCUUUCUGCAAUCACGGCCAUCUCCUUCGCCGCCGCCGCAUCGGCCGGCACCAUUCCUUGGGUCGGUAGCGCACUCACCUGGCUCAAGCCCCAUCUCGUUUGGUGGUGGGACAUGGUGCUCUUUUUUGCGUGGAUGGCAGCAUUUGGCAUCUUUGCUGGCUUGUUCUUGAAGAGGAAGAGCGACGACCCAUAUAGGGGCAGCAGCACGCCCGCCAUGAAGAUUGCGCUUUGGAUAGAUCUUGCCGCUGCCGUCUUGUGGCUCUGUUCGGGCACCUACUCCGCCAUCAAGUGCUUUGCGGGGAAAACGACCGAUCGAAUGGCGGAGAAGGCGGGGCAGAAGAUGUUUGGCAGUACCGAAACUGUCGUCUAG